GGAAGCGGCGGCGGCGGGGGAGGCGGGGGAGGCUCUCCGGUUUGCGACUUCAGAGAGGCCCUUGGAAGAAGCGCAUCCUCGGGGUGGGGCGGCCCUGAGGAAACGCUCCCGGGCCUAGUGGCCCUUCCAGUGCUCCCUGGCCGUCCCCGCCCCUCCCCCACCAACCCAGCGACCGGGUAGGAUGCAGAUAUCAGAGCGUGAGGGGAGUGGGCCAGAGGUGAGCCCCAGCGUGAUGCCUGAGGUUCCCCUGGAGUCUCCACCUGCCCCUACCAAGUCCCCGGCAUUUGAUCUUUUCAACUUGGUUCUGUCCUACAAGAGGCUGGAGAUCUACCUGGAACCCCUGAAGGAUGCAGGUGACGGUGUCCGGUACUUGCUCAGGUGGCAGAUGCCUUUGUGUUCCUUGCUGACCUGCCUGGGCCUCAACAUCUUGUUCCUCACUUUGAAUGAGGGUGCAUGGUACUCGGUGGGUGCCCUGAUGAUUUCAGUGCCUGCCCUUCUGGGCUACCUUCAGGAGGUUUGCCGGCCACGGCUGCCUGAGUCUGAGUUGAUGCGGAGGAAGUAUCACAGCGUGAGGCAGGAGGACCUCCAGAAAGUUCGCCUGUCUCGCCCCGAGGCUGUGGCUGAGGUGAAGAGCUUCCUGAUCCAGCUGGAGGCCUUCCUGAGCUGCCUGUGCCGCACCUGUGAAGCUGCCUACCGGGUGCUGCGCUGGGAGAACCCUGCCACGUCCUCGCAGUUCUAUGGGGCUCUUCUGGGCACGGUUUGCAUGCUGUAUCUGCUACCCCUGUGCUGGGUCCUUGCCCUUUUAAACAGCACACUCUUUCUGGGGAAUGUGGAGUUCUUCCGAGUGGUGUCUGAGUACAGGGUAUGUCUGCAGCGGCGGCUGAAGCCCAGGCAGAAAGACAGCGUCUUUGAGAGCCCGUCACUGCUGGAGGCUGGGGGAAAGUCUGCUCUGCCGGACUGCACGCCUGCACCCACGCCCACAGAGGACCUCACGCCUGGCAGUGUGGAGGAAGCCGAGGAGGCUGAGCCCGAUGAGGAGUUUAAAGAUGCGAUUGAGGAGGAUGAGGAAGGUGCCCCGUGCCCAGCAGAAGACGAGCUGGUUCUGCAGGACAACGGGUUCCUGAGCAAGAACGAGGUGCUGCGCAGCAAGGUGUCACGGCUCACGGAGCGGCUCCGCAAACGCUACCCUACCAACAACUUUGGGAACUGUACGGGCUGCUCGGCCACCUUCUCAGUGCUGAAGAAGAGGCGGAGCUGCAGUAACUGUGGAAACAGCUUCUGCUCUCGGUGCUGUUCCUUCAAGGUGCCCAAGUCCUCCAUGGGGGCCACAGGGAGGCUAAGACAAAACAGCAGCCAGCUUGGCAAAGGCCACAUGCCGGCUCGUGUGGUCCUGACUAGACUUGGCUCACUGUCCCAGGAAUGGAGAGGCUCCAGGAUGAAGGCGUGGGACAAGUGACCGCAGCUCCCCUGGCCAGAGGUGCAUCGGGUACCACGCAGAGGUGCCCAGGGACGAGGGUGCUGCACUCCCAUCCUGGGUCCCAGCUCUUUCCCUUCCAUCUCCAGGCUUAGCUUGCUUCUCCCAAAGAGAAUCCAGCCCUGGAGGGCCCUCUGUGGGCAGGUGCCGAGGGAGGGCUGCAGGAGCCUUGGCCAGGGGUUGGUUUUGGGGCCCAUGGACCAUGGCCUUGAGGGGCUUCUGAAGCCCCUGGGAUGACCUGCAAAAUGAGGUGCAUUUCUUUGGCCAGACGGUUCAUGGUCAUGAUCAGAUUCUAAAAGGGACCCAUGAUGCAAAAACUGUUAGUAUUCACUAUGAUGGUUGUGGACAUGGGUGUUUGUUGUGUGUGUGUAUGUGUGUAUCAAGAAGGAGAGGAAUUGGGGCAGUGGCCACGUGGGCUCCACACUCACCGAAGUCACUGGAACACAUCUGCUCCAUGAGGCCGUCGGCACUGUGCUCCAUCUCACACUGGGCACAGAUCUUGGUCACUGAAGAGAGAAGCAGGGGUGGGGUCUGAUGAGGGGAGGCUGAUGAGGGGAUCGGAGUCCGAAAAGCCACUCAAGAGUACGGGCUUACCCCACUGAGGAGCCACCUCCCCCUGCCAAGCCUCCACUCUCAUCAGGAAAUGGGAUGAUGGUAACGGUGCUCACUGAGUAGUUGUGAGGUUCCAAAACAGACAACAUUGCACGGGGACAAAACUGCCCCCGUGGGCACAAUUGCUCCAUGACCCUGGCAACUGCUACCAUGAUGUGCGUUGUCUUCUUCUAAACUUUGUUUCAUUUAAUCCUCAGCCUAUGAAGUAGGUUUUAUUAAAGAAAAGAAAACUGAGGCCGAGUGGUACCCAAGUCUGCAGUACUAUUGUGAACUGACCUUAGAAUUCAGGAUUUGUGACUCCCAGGCUAGUGCCGGGAUGGGGGUAUCUGCAGGGUCUUCCUAGGCACACAGGGUCCCCGCGGGUGGCAGGGUAGGGACUGUGGUAAACUGAAGAGCAUCACCGUCUGAGGUGGGCAGCUUCACAUUGCCAGAACUUUUGGUUUUUCAAGGGAAGCCCAGACUCUUAAUUUUUAUAUGAAAUACUCUCAGUUUUAUUGUUAGCCACACAAACACUUCAGGCUGCCUCUGGUUCUCAGGCCACCACACAGCACCUGCCCUCUGUCCUGUAUCUCUGCCUCCGGGUGGGUGCCCCCAUCACAGGGGAAAGUGGGCUUCAGAGACGGCAGGGCCUGGUGGGAUUCCGAGCCGGAGCCCAGGACUUCUUGCCUUCCAGGCUCUUAAUACGUGGCUUCCAAGAAAACCAGAAAAGGAACCAUGCUGGGAUCCCUGCUAGGGACGGCGCUGUCUCUGCUUGAACUGGCUCUCUCCCCUGCUUCCUGGUCCCAUUUCCAAUCCAAGAACAGGGCUGUCUCUUAACACUCCCCAGUCACAGGACCCCAACCCAACUGACUCUCAGGAGGAGAGUAGGACCAAGGGCUGUGUGGAUGAAGUUAGACCUGGGGGAGGGGUGGGUAGGGUGUGGUGAGUCCAGUUGCUUUUUGGGGGUCGGGUCAGAUGGGAAAACGGGAAAGCAGCGCUGCCCCUUGGGGGAGUCCCAGCAUCAGGGUCUCCUUAGACUCUUGAAUCAACUGCCCAGACGAAACUUUUAUCAGUGCCACUUUUUAUUCUCCUGUCUGGUGCCCAGCUCAGGCUUACUCUGUUUGCAAGGAGUUUGGCAUUUGGGGGUGGGGGGUGCACAGUGAAGGGAGGCUGAGACCGAGG